GGACGUUGCGUUCAACAAAUCGGUGAGUCAAUCAAUCAAUUCAUACGAGAGCCGGAAAGCAAUGCACGUGACGUGCUCACUACAAAACCGACACUGAGACAACACCGUUCAUGCAAUUAAUGUGCUAUCUUCCGUACGUCUGUCUACCAUGGACGUACGUGUGCACAAGGCACACAGACAACCACUCGUUUCGCUCACUAACUAACGCACAAACCAAUCACACCACACCAACGUAGAUGCACUUUGACAGCACAAGACAAGACCAAAGGCUGCGCACCGCACCUGGCUAUGUUUUGCCAUCGAUCGAUCGUCGCGGCCUAGAUAGACUUGAUGGAUGACCCUUCCUUCCCCUUGAUCUCAUGCAUACCCUACCUACUACACCCCUACUACAAAAACCGCCCGCCGUACCGCAUACCACAUCACAUGCAGUCAGUCACUCCGCAAAGGUGACAGAAAAGAACAGGAACUGAGUGAAUUGCUCACGGUCGAAGUUGUUGUCAGACACAAACACCAGCAGGUGUCUGCCGUCGGCCAACUUGGGCCCAAGUGUCAUGCCCUCCACGUUGUCGAGCUCUAUGCCCAGCUGGUCGAAGUCAAACACCAGCGUCUUGUCCACAGCCAGCGAAGCCAAGUCGGGUGUCUCCUCAACAGCCGGCAGCGACUCGAACAGGCGGCGAAGAGUCCUGUGAGCCGGAAGGUCGACGUGUAUCUCGUACAGCCGGACCUUGUUUCCCUUGCCGACCGAGAAGCUCCGCUCGAGGGCCAGAAACGACCCCUCGUUGUUGAUAGCCAGCAGCUCCACAAGUCCGGUGGUCGAGAACUCGUCAGCCGGCUCCGGCUCCUCGGCGAUGGGAUCGGUAUAGUAAAAGUCCUCAGCCACGGGCAGGUGAGUGCGGAGGUCAUAGAUGAGUAUGCGGCACAAAGUCCCCUCUGAGGUGGUGGGUGCCGGGCCGUCUUGGAAGAGCGCAUUCUCGGUCGCUGUGAUGAGCCACUUGCGGUCUGGCGUCACCGUGAGGCUUUCAAAAGCGGCGUUGUUCCUGACGCCACUGGACUCGUCGGCCGUGGGCAAGUAGGGGUGGGGGACGAACAGGUUCUUGUCCUGAGUGCCGCCAAGCGAGAAGGACCGCACAGAGGGGUCGAUGAGUUCGGUCUGGACGCCCUCCUCAGCCAGGAACAGCUCGUGGGGGCCCACCAACGUCAGGCCCUCGGGAUCCAGCUCCUCUGGCGCGAAUGGAGGCUGGCCCUCGCCGGCUUUGAGGAACGUAACGCUGUUGAACUGGACGUCGAUCUGAGGGCCGUCUGCCGCGUCAUCACUCACAUCAAUACCAGCCGUGUACCAGCGGUAGUCCUUCCGGUCGUCCGAGAGUGUGUAGUACAGCUCCCUGCCGUAAUCGUAUGUGAUGGCCGAGAGACCGCCGACCUCCGUGCCGUCAAGCUGAAGGCCUGCACACACACAACACGCAGCAGCCGGUUUCUGUCAGGCGCCUUCCUCUGCACCCCGUACGAUACCUGUUUCGAAUAUCUUCUCUCCGAUGAAAUGAAUCGAUGCCACACGGUUAGCCUGUCCUUCUGUUGAGAAGAGGAGGGAAGCAACAGCGGAAAGGACGACAAGGUUGGAAGGCCGCAUGGUGUGAGAUCUGUCGGGGAGAUCUUCCUCUGGUGUGGGCGGAAAGGAUGGGCACGGGCGUCUUCGGUUGUCAACAAGUGCCAGGAACCGCAAACGCUUGCAUGCAAGAUCGCACGUUCCAGGACGCAUUCCAAAGGCCGACAAACAUAGAGAUCUGUCACAUGCUCAUUCUCCCUCUUCCAUCGGCGCCCGCAGGAUGUU